AAGAUAUGAAGAUGAAGAUGGCGUUAAUUUCUGAUUGAUAAGUGUUAAAAAAUAACUCGGGGAAAAAUAAAUAAAUAAAAAAUUAGUAUCAUUAAAAAACUAAAGACUUUUUUCAUUUGUAACCACAAGAACUCAAUGAAGAAUAUUUUAUCCACAAAAAAGGUGUACAAAGAUUGCAAGCGGCUUAGAAGCAAAUAAAAAAAGAAGCAGUCCACGAAAUUCUCUUGGCGUUUAGAAGGAGACCCAUAACCCCAUAAAUCUGACUGGGACACGUUUGGCUUGUGGAACAUCAUGACGGACAUUGUGUAUCCAGCGGGAUGCAGACCGCUGUCCGAGGAUCUUGGCACGGAUGAACUUAUACGAAGAUUAAAGACUCUGGCGAAUGUUUUACAGGCAAUGGGCCAGGAUGAUGGUGUGUAUCAACAGUAUAUACCAUUAUCCCUGCAACUAGCCGACGAUCAUUUCUUACAACAUCCCUCACGCGAUGUUCAACUGCUGGUUGCCUGCUGCAUUGCCGAUGUAUUGCGUGUUUAUGCUCCGGAAGCACCCUACAAGGACCAGGAACAAAUCAAAGUUAUAUUUCUUUUCUUUAUCAAACAAUUGUAUGGUCUUAAAGACCCUAAAGAUCCCUCGUUCAAACGUUAUUUCUAUUUGCUGGAAAAUCUGGCCUAUGUAAAGUCAUUCAAUAUGUGCUUCGAGCUGGAGGAUUGUGCAGAGAUUUUUUGCCAAUUGUUUGGCAUGAUGUUCAAGAUAGUCAAUGAGGAGCAUAGCACCAAAGUAAAGAAUUUUAUGAUCGAUAUCAUGAGUCCCCUGAUAAGUGAGGCCGACAACUUUACCACAGACAUUUUGGAUUUAAUCCUCAUAAACAUUGUGGAACCCAGGAAAUCACAAAACAAAUACGCUUACCAAUUGGCCGAACAGUUGAUCAUCAAGACAGCAGAUUCAUUAGAGACGAUAAUCAAAAUGUUUUUUAAUCAGGUUCUGGUUUUGGAUAAAGUCGACAAGAACUAUGAAAUCUGCACUAAAGUUUACGACUUAAUCUAUGAACUACAUUUAAUUUGUCCCAAUAUCUUGUGUUCGGUAUUGCCGCAACUGGAAUGUAAACUGAAAUCAUCAAAUGAACAGGAGCGUCUCAAGGCAGUAGCUUUGUUGGCGCGAAUGUUCUCUGAAAAAGAUUCACAAAUCUCCAAGAAACACCCAAACUUAUUGCGCAUGUUUUUCGGUCGUUUCUGUGACAUAUCAUAUUCGAUACGCGUAAAGUGCGUUCAAUCCUCCAUGCACUUUCUGCUCAAUCAAGCCCACCUACGAGAGGAUGUCAUCCAAAGCUUGCGUGCCCGACAACAUGACUCCGAUGAAAAUGUUCGUUACGAAGUGGUCAUGGCUAUUGUAGAAACGGCCAAGCGCGAAUUCUCCAUAGUUUGCGAAUCUGAGGAGCUGCUGGACAUUGUUCGUGAACGUACGUUAGACAAACGAUUCAAAAUACGUAAAGAGGCCAUGUUGGGUCUGGCCUUUGUCUAUAAAAAGGCAAUAUGCGAACCGAAUGAUCUAUCGAACGAAGUAAAAAAGAAUGUCGAAUGGAUAAAAAAUAAAAUUAUGCAUGGCUAUUAUAUGCCCACACUGGAAGAUCGCUUGCAGGUGGAACGUUUGCUAAUAACAUCCCUAGUGCCCUACAAAAUGGCUCCGUUGGAGCGCAUGAAACAGCUAUACCACCUCAUGGGCACAUUUGACGACAAUGCCACAAAGGCAUUCAUUGAACUGCAAAAGAAUCAAAUGAAGACUCGCAAAACCGUCUUGGAGUGGGUAAAAUUGCACAAAACUAAAGACAUGACACCGUCAAUGCAAAGUCAAUUGAAUAUCAAGCAGGCUAUUAUUUGUAAACUCUUGGCAGAUCCACUGAAAGCCUCAGAAUUUAUUGGUAAGUUUAGCACGAACAUGAGAAAGGAUCCCACAUUGUUGCGCUACAUGGAAAUUAUCCUCAAACGGGACGUUUCGUGUAAGGAGUGUGCAGACACCAUGUCAUUGCUGUUGAAAAAGCUGGGCACACCCAUCAUGACAAAUCUCUAUUAUCAAACGGUGAAGAUGUUGGUGGAACGAAUAGCCUCAGUUAUGAUCGACAAGGAAUCGUUGGGAAUUUUAAUUGGAUUGAUUGAGGAGUGUAUGCGUGGUGGAGACAUUGUCAAGGAAAUUGGCUUACCAGCCGAUGAGGCCGGUGAGCAAGGCCUUAAAUUGUUGACUGCUCUGUCGUAUUUAUUCUCGCCCCACUUCUUUACCGACAAAUCUCUGCGUCAUCUGAUCUCUUUGCUGAGCUAUGACAAUGACUAUUCGGCGCCUUUAAUAUUGAAAUCUCUUACACAUCUGGGUCGCUACAAACCCCUGAUUUCAGUGGACUCAGCUAUACUCGAAGAAUUGGCUCCAGUCUGCAAAGACUUUGCUGUGGAGGGUACACCGAAACAAGCCAAACAUGCGGUACGUUGUAUUUUCGUCAACACCCAAGCCCAGUUGAAUGGUGGCACCGAACACUUGGACUCACCAAAGACUGUACAUCCCAUUUUCCAUGAAAUCAUGGAUAAUUUACGGAUUACCCUCAAGCCGAACUGUCCCCAGCAACGGACUAAAGUGGUUACCAUGGGUCACAUAGCCUACAAUAUGCCGCGGGCAUUCGCCGAGAAAAUAAAGAACAUGAUAGCCAGACGUAUUGUCAAGGAGUUGCUAAUACAACCAGUACCUGAAGAUAGGAUCUGUAAACGCAUCGAGGGGAACUGGUGCGACCAGGAGGAUUUGCCCACGGAUACGUUGUGCAAAUUGGAGGGACUGAAGACAAUGGCCCGUUGGCUGCUGGGCCUGCGUGACGAUGAAGCCUCGGCCAAGAAGACAUUUCGUAUGUUGAUCGCCUUUAUACACCAUGGUGGCGAUUUGCUGGAUCACAAGCGUAUGUUUGCCGCAGAAUCGUCUUGGUUUAGGGCAGCAGCUGCCUGUGCGAUGUUGAAAAUUUGUGAGCAAAAAGGUGUUGGAGAUCAGUAUACCGCUGAGCAGUAUUACAGUUUGGCACAGUUAAUGUGCGAUCCUGUGCCGCAAGUCAGGGAGAUGUUUGCUCGCAAGCUACACAAAGGUCUAAACAAAGGAUUGCCCAGCAAUUGUUUGCCACUCGACUUUAUGGGUUUCUAUGCCUUGUCGGGCCAUGAAACGGAUAAAAAGCUCUUGGAACUAAAACGUCAAUUUUUGGAAGCUGAUGUCAACAAAAGAAGAGAAUAUUUAAAAACAAUACAAGCAACCAAUCAUGAUGCAACGGAGGAGCAGCGUUUGCACAUACUACCUGAUUUUAUAUUGGCUUUUGCCCUACCCAUACUUGUGCACGAUCCACAUUUCACCAACCAUGAAGACCGUUCUCAAUUGCGCCAGGUCGAGAAGUGUCUGCGUUUCAUUUUGGAACCUCUGAUGGCCAAGUCUGAGACAUUUUCAUUUAGUUUCUACAAGAAUCUUAUUGAAAUGAUGAAAAAUCAUUAUGUGGUGACACCCAAUGCUGACAGUCAGGCCUGUAAUUUGAAACUGUGGGCCUGUUGCGAUCUCGCCAACUAUAUUAUCUGUUCCAAGAUGGGACAGUGUGAUUUAACGCCAAACAAAACAUUCAAUGUACCCAUUACAUUACCACCUCUAUAUUUCCAAGAGCCUCCGCCGGAUGCUGCAGGAUUUCCAAAUACCAAUAUUUAUAUACCUUUUGAUACGUAUUCAAUAAUAACAACCUUAGGGACUAAUAAGAAAGUAACAAAUGCCUUGAAACCCACCACCAGUGGUGGCCAGUCAUCAAUAAUAAAAAGUGCAGAAAAACGUCCAGCCUCCGAUCAUCUAUCAUCAAUAGAUCAAAAUUCUCUGGAAAAUGCCUCAUUGUUCGAGGCCAUGAAGGAUGAGACAUCCGAACCAGUUACCAAAAAGGUACGGGGUGUUAUGCGUGCCGGAAAAACGUAAACCAUUUCCCAAAAUAACAUUCUAAGCUAGCACUUAAGACUCUUGGUAGAUCCAGUUUUUAUAGCGCCGUCAUGUUAAACACAGGAACAAAUAUUUUUUGUAAAAAACAUUUGUUUAGUUCGUCGUCAUAUUUUACACAAAGUGUCGUAUCAUCCAUCCACCACCAAACAACGGCUGACUGGCUGGCUGGAUGGAUGGAUUGAUAGAAUCGAAUGGAAGAAAGAUGAAGAUUAAUAAUAAUAACGAUGCCUUUAUCCGUGGUCUAAUAUAAUUUACAGAAAAAAAGAAAACGUAAUCUUUACUGCUGUGUGUCUGGGAAGCUUCCUCCGAAAGCCGAUCCAGACCCAGUUGCUAAAAUCAACAACCAUGUUAAUUAAUGUUAAACAAAGAAACAAAACAUAACAAUGUGUAAAAUGGAAAGAGAUCAGCUUUACUCUACAACUACCAAUGUUGGACUAUUUUUUUUCUCGUUUAUUUAUUUCAAAAGAAUCUACCGUGGAGGUAUUGUUUUUAAUAAUUGUAAUAUGCGUUUGCGUUCCGUUGCUAUUUUAAAUGUGUUCCAAAAUUCUCAGCUAUUUUUUACACAUAAAACAAACAAAUCUGUGGGCAUGGUUACAUCUAGGUCCUUUCCCCCUGAUAAUGUGGUUCUAUCAUGAUUUUCUGUGACGGAAAAAUUCAUGGAAAUGUACGUUACAUAGUUUAUGAUGUUCCCAUUACUAUUGUAGAGGACUUGAAUGUAAUCCUGUAGCCCAAGCUGAAUCAUAGUUUAUAAUCUUUCUUGUUAGUGGAUACGAACAAUUCGUCUUCAAAGAUGCCUAAAUAUUUUAUCUCUUUUUUUUUCAAGUUAACAAUUUAUAUGGUUCGUGGUGGUCGCUUUCUAUUGCAAUGUUCGAAUGAAAUUUCCACUUUUUAGUUUUCAGCCACCCCAUACUUUGGAAGUUAGAUCUAAGUUUCAAAUAACACUAAUUAUAUACCGAUAAUGAUAGAAACUUUCUUAAAGAUAAGACCAAUCAAACAAAGCAACAUCUGAUCUGUAUGUAUAUACAUAUAAAACAAAUCUAUUGUUUUUUUUUCGAUACUAAAAAAAUAAAGAAAAAAAAGUGAAAAAAA